GGUUUUAGGAUGCAAUAAAUGUUUCUAGGGUGUUAAGAUACUCCUUCCCUCUCUCUUAGAGGGGGCUGCCGUACAAAUGAAACACAAAAUUUUGCAUUACCCAAGAAUUAAUCAAGCAAAUUAAACCAAAUUAGGCAUAUGGAAACUUUAGGGUGCAAUGAAUGUUUCUAUGGUGGUUAGAUACCCCUCCCCCCUCUCUUAGGGGUGGCUGCCAUACAAAUAAAACACAAAUUUCUGCAUUACUCGAGAAUUAAUCAAGUAAAUGGGCGGGACGAAGUUUGCCGGGUUAGCUAGUAUCUAUAUAAAUAAAAAUGAUUUGGUGUCCGUUCCUCACGAUUUUACUGAAGAACGAAAUAAUACUACAAGAGGGUAGUAAACAAGUACUCCGUUUACCUGCUCAGUAAAUCACUGUGUAUCAUCAGCAGGCAGCGAUCAUGCAAGAAAGGGGCAAUGUUCGCGAUCGCAGAGAUCCUAAUCAUCGUUCAGGCAGCCACCGAUUGUUCCUCUUAAGAGCAGCUUCUGCGGAGAGAGGGACUGAUAACAACGAAUGCAAUCAACCGGUUCCUACUACCCCCGAUCCAGGUAGUGGCCACUUGGCCUGGUUAUGAUUGCGGAACGAUGACGACGACUCCGACGAGGUGCCGAGAGGUGCGAACUGAGUCAGCCGUGUGUGACAUCGUGAGGAAUCAGCAGAAAAUGCAUAGCGUGCGCGCGCGCUCAUUUUCCACAGACAACCGUCAGCCGGUCCAGUCGGUCGACCAGACCAUACCAGACCAGACGGCCGUUCUCCGUGUUUGUUGUGUGCGCUGGUUGUUGGCUGGGCAGCACGAGAGACCCACCACCGUUCAGUCGAGACAGAGCUUUUGUGUGGAUAACAUCGCGCGCGAAAAAGUCGUACACACGCGGCGGGUCUUGCGCUUUCUGUUUGCAUAUCGGGAAAGAGCAGCAUACACGCAAACACACCGGAAUCGGUCGGCCAGUAGCGAACCGCGCCGGAAAUUGCGAUUUAUGGGAGAAGUCGGGAGUGUAUUCGAACGGGAACAUCAGGAUUUUGGUGACUCAUCGAUAUCUUGACGACGACGACGACGACGUCGGCCGAUUAGCCCUGGGAGAUUGCCGACAUCAUUGCACAAAAUGGCUCUGCUCCGGUGGAGAUCCUCUCGAAGAAUGAAGCGAAUGUUGCUGAUAUUGCUGAGUGGGGUCCUGACGUUGCUAACAACAGCCAAGGCUAAGCCGGCAGCCUUCAGCCUCCAGCUGUCCCAGAUACCUGGCUUCACCCAGCUGGUGGAGCGGAAGCUACUGGAAGCCAUGAAGAGUUACAGUGAACGACGCCUGGAUGCGGAAUCGCUGCGGAUGAUCUAUUACCACGACCAGACGGUGGCAGUCGUCGAGCUGGGACCACAGAAGAGACUGAUCGGAUGCGAAUUGAUUGAGGUUUAUAACGACGCCGAGGGUCACAAGCUGCUCAACAACCUAACCUCGAUAAACCGCCCGCUGGGGAUCUCCUUCCGGGACAUGAUCAAACUGAUGGAGCAGUGCGAGCAAAUCGAUCGCAUCAACGCGAAGAACAAUUUCCGCCCAACACGUUUGCCACCUAACACCACUCCCGCCUCGAACUCCGUAGGCUACCGAAUCGACGACGGCAAUGAUGAAGGCGGCGGCGGCGAAAGUGAUUCGACGACGGCAGCGUCGAUUGGCAUUUUUAAGCUCCUGGCGCACCGCACGAAGGACCAGAACGCAAACCGGUGGGGAAUUCUUCCAUUUACGCUGUUCAGUGGAAUCAUUCCCGGUACGAAGUGGUGCGGAACGGGAGACAUCGCGGACAGCUAUCACGAUCUGGGCGAGGACGCGACGAUGGAUCGAUGCUGCCGAACGCACGACCUGUGCCCGUUGAAGGUCAGAGCGUACCAGAAGCGGUACAACUUGAGCAACAACUCGAUUUACACCAAGUCUCAUUGCAAGUGUGAUGACAUGCUGUACGAGUGCCUGAAGAAGACCAACACCUCGGCGGCUCAAGUAAUGGGUUCAAUCUACUUCAAUUUGGUACAAGUACCAUGUGUCGAGGAUACUCCAACAGGGAUGGCAUUCCGUAAGGCCCGUGAAGGUUUCUAGGAAAGUUCAAAGAUUACUGUAGUAUUAUUUACUCUCGAAUGUCGCCAUGAUUCGAUCAGUAGUAACUGAAACUGAGAAGAAAUCUCCGUCCGUUUGUGAUGUUUGUGAUUAAUAUUAUAUUUGGCUAUUACUAGAAUAUUAAUUGAAAUACGUAAUUCUCAUAACCUGAAUUAAGUUGAAAACACAUGUGAGAUUUUGAAUGAAAUCGAAUCGAAUCGAAUUACUUUAAUUGGGACCAUUGAUAACCUAAGCUGUAUCAAAAUAAUCAUAAGCCAGUUUUUCUUCUGAUUCAGUUAAUUAGUCAGUAACAAACAUAAUUUAGAAACUGGACUCCACAAAAAAAAUUGACGAACUUCGAGAAAUGUCAAAAUAAUUUAACAAUUUAACAACAAAAAGGCUUAUGUUCGUAGAAUACACCUCAAGUAUUUAUUUAGUGAUUAAGAAAUACAAAUAUAAUUGUUAGAAUUAUCAAAAAGGUUGUUCAAAGAUUGAUAGAAAAAUUAUGAUUAUCUUCGAAGCUAUAGUAAUAUUAUUUAUUGUUACACCGUU